GCUUACUGAAAGACUAUAUCCGUGAGCUACCGGAGCCGUUAUUUACUCGAGCAUUAUUCGAUAUGAUGGACGAUGGGUUAAGUGUGUGUUUGGCCGAUGACCCUGCUGGUAAUGCCAAACUCAUGUUCUCAAUACUGGAAUGCCUGCCAAAGAUCAAUAGGUGCACUGUCUUGUAUUUGAUGGAUCACUUGAAGAAGAUUAUGAGCCGCGCCGACAGGAAUAAGAUGUCAUCGCAGGCCAUAGCCAUCUGUUUUGGGCCACUCUUUACAUGCCAUUCGGAGAGUGAAAACCUUCACAAACCGAUCGAAGUCUUCAAGUUUUUGCUCGAGAUUUGGCCCCAAAGGAGAAGCUCUACUUCGAGGAGUGCCAGCAAUGACUCCAUGCUAUCAUCAAAUAAAGGACCGACAGUUGCAAAGCUCGACCCAUCAAUGCCUGUCAUAUCAUCGCAUCCCAUCUCAUCCAACGUUCAGACGAAUCCCAUGACCACCACAACCAUCACAUCGUCAUCGGCGGUCACUUACAGUCAUUUGCCGCCGAUUUCCAUCCCAUCGACCACAACAAGUAUGUUACCGACGGUGUCGGCCCUCACUCCGGGGCCGUCGCCCACAGCGCUCACCAUAUGUGAGACAACCGCGGGAACAGCCGCCAUCACAACCACUACCACCAGCUCUAUGAGCGCCGCUGCCAUGACAGGCCUGACAGCCCUGACAGCCCUGACAGCCCUGACUGACUUAGAGUCGGGACACCCGGUGAGCGCCGGCCCUCCAGUGCCGGCCGUCAAGAAGACUGUGGCCUUCGCUCAACAGAACAACAACAGUGCGAACAGUAAUAGCGGUGUCGGCGGUGCGCCAGUGGUGGCGAGCGGCCCGUCCGGUCAAAGUAGAGCCCUUCCCUUUCCCCCCAAUUGCUAGCGUUGUUAUUGUUGUUAAUAUAAUUGUUGGAACCGAUGGCUCUGUACAAAGUCCAUCAAAAACUGUGUCA